AUGCGCAUAGUCUACGAUGCCUCCUCUGGUGAAACUGCUCAAGCUGCUUCUCUUAAUGAUUGUCUUGAGACAGGCCCACCGUUGCAGCCUCUCUUGCACAACGUCGUCGUGAGAAAUCGUUUGUGUCCGAUUGGGUUGACUGCUGAUGUGAAACAAGCCUUCCACCAAAUAUGGAUCCAACCUAAAGAUCGUGACGUCUUCCGGUUUUUCUGGAUUUCUGACCUGGAUCACAAAGACAUUGUGACACUCCGCUUUACCAGAGUUCCUUUUGGCUGUGUUUCUAGUCCGUUUUUGCUUGGAGCAACAUUGCAAGAACAUUUGAGCACUUUGGAACAGAAAUACCCAGAAACUGUAGCUGAAUUAAGAAAUGAUCUUUAUGUUGAUGAUGUAAUUAGCGGCGGCACGUGCGAGCAAGAGGUGACGAAGGUCAAAGAGGAAGCCAAAGAGAUCUUUGACCAGGGACGUUUCACACUUCAUAAGUGGCAUUGCUCUGUAGCCAGUUUAGAAGAACCAGAGAACAAUGACUCGGAACAAACAUACGCGAAAGAAAGUCUCGGAACAAAGACUGGCGAAGCGAAAAUUUUGGGAUUGAAAUGGAACAAACUAAAGGACACUUUAGCUGUUGAUUUUACAAGUUGCAAUGCAACGCAGGAAUACACAAAGAGGGGAAUCUUGAAGGCUAUGGCAAAGGUUUACGAUCCUUUGGGGCUGGUAUCUCCUGUCAUGUUGGAAGCGAAACAUCUCUACCGAAUUGUCUGCGAGAAAACUUACCAUGGGAUGCACACCUGGAAAAGGAAAUGGAAUUCAUUUGGCAUCAGUGGCUAA